AUGGCUUCCGAAAAUCUAGAUAAGUUCUGUCCAUCGUGGCUCAAGAAUGCACUGGCUACUGGGGGUCAUCCAAAAGAUACCAAGUUAUCCCCCGAGGCUUUCAUGGUUCAAGGUGGAGAUUUCCCUGAUAUUCUUCCGGAUAGUACCUAUGCAAAGGAUACCCACUCAAACUUCAAUCCCUAUGCAAAUUCCCUUUGGUAUUCUGUAACAGGGACAUGUCAAAAGGACACGAUCGAUAGAUUGGCAGUGUCUCAGAAACAAAUUCAGCCAGAAGUUGAGAAAUGGGAACUUGAUACAGAGGCUAAAGCAUCUCUGAAGCAAGAGGUCGGCCCAAUAACAAUCCCCCUGCUAGCGCACCUUGAGCUCGUCCAAUCUGAGCUUUCCUUUACUGGCGACUUGAAGGUUGUCCAAUCGGUUUACAAAUCCUUGUUACUGACCUACCAGUACGCAAAUUCUGUCUCCGCACAAGAUGUUGAUGUAAUAUUCCCAUCAGCCAUAUGCCAAUUCAUCACCCUCGGUAAUCAAUUAGUUAAUCAGAUCAGCGGUUCACAAAAUAUCGCCUCGGGGGAUAUUUCUCCUACCCUUCCCCACUUUAGUAUCGCAAAAAUCCCGCUUGGCACUAUCUUGCUUGAGUUUAUCAACUUUGUGAAACCACUUUAUCUCACCUAUUUCCUGAACUAUGUCAAACAAAUACAGACAUUGAAUCGGUUAUCCAGAAUGGGGGAACCCAAGGUCGCAGAAUGGCUAAAAGAAGCGCAGUUCCUAUCCAAGAGCAAGACAAAUUGUUGGUCUCUCGAUUCCUUAUUGAUGACCCCAGUGCAACGUUUGUUCAAAUAUCCGGCGCUACUCAAGGAGUUGUCGGUACAAUUUGGAGAGAGCUUGAGCAGCCAAGAGAAUGUCAAGCUCCAGUGCGCGAUAGUCGAGGUGGAGAGCACCAUCCAGGCUGCGAACAAAGGUAGCACCGAAGAUGGCCAGAAGGAUAUACACCCCUCUGUGCACCGAAGAGAGUACGCCGAUCUAGUGAAAGGGUUCAAACCCAGAUACCACGCCUUGACUAGAAUUAAAGCUACAAUAGAAAAGUCACUAGAAAAUAUUCUGGAUUUGAUGGAUGUCAAUAUAAAGUACUCGAAGCUCUGGCAGAAAUCAAACGAAUCUGGUACUAGUACAGUUUGGAAUCAUGAAAACGAGCCUUUAGAUAAGGAUUCGAGGCAUAGAAGAAACUAUUCUCAUAACUUGUCGAUAGUCACCAAAGGGUCGGCCUCCCUGCUGUACUACACUGAACGCCCCAGUACUCUUAAAAGGGAUAGCAGCGCCCGAGGUGUGACCAACAAUUAUAUUGGAUCAAUUUACGCUGCGUAUGUUGAAAAAGUCACCUGGCAAAGAUCUGAGACAAAACUUGUUAUAAACGAUAUCCGGAUGACAAUAUUGACGUCAAUGGACUUGGCCAUGCGGUACUGUGAGAUUACAAAAGAUAAAAUCAACGAGCAUCGCAAGCUUCGGUCGGCGUAUGCAAACUACAUCCAAACCUCACAUACCACCAGAUUGGGCAGCAAAGAAGAUGUGACUGAUUUCUCAGCCACUUCCCUUCUAGCAUCAGUUUUCAGCAAGGGUUCUGUCAUGGCCCGAAAGUACGUUUCGCUCGAGAACCAGAUCCGUGAUGAGUUACCACAGUUGAUACUGUGUCUUGACGAGCUUGUGUCUAGUGUGUUGCAAUCAUAUCUCAAGAAUUUGCGAAAAUGGUUGAGGUUAAUUAUUGGGGAACGGUCUUUAAGUGAAUACCAGGACAUUGUGGAGCAGCUCGAAAGUUUCCAAAGAAAGGAAGGCGAUCGGACGUUGACCAAGUACUGUGACAUCAUUAAGUUCUUUAUCCAGGCGAAGGAGAUGACACAAGCGUCAGUUGAAUCGUGUAUCGAAGCGCAACACUAUGGUAUGGAAGUUACUCCCCCUAGUUCCAAUAGGUCUGAGCAUCCCCCAGUUGUUAUUUACGAGAAUAUUUUGUCCACGCUUAGAGCUGAACAAUUAGAGAGUGCCCAAUACGCGGUGUAUAUCUCAUAG